UCAUUUUAUUGUUUUGGCUUUUCUGUGCUCUGAAAGGUCUUAAUGUUUACAGGUGUUUUUCAAGCUUGAUUAUUAUUUAAUUAAACUGGACAAUCGUUUGUUUAUUAUUAGGCUUCAUGUAUAAAAUAGGAAAAACCGUCGAUAAAAGUGAAAUACCAAUUGAAAGUUCAGAUGGAAACACUGAAUUGGAAUCUCAGUUCAUUUUGAGACUUCCAUCUUUACCUGCUGCUGCUCUGAGAUCUGUGGUUGCCAGUGGUGUGCUUAAUCUGAAGGAUCGACUUAAUGUUCAAUUGGAAAACGAUAUGAGACAUGGAACUGUUCGUUUCGAUGGUUGGGUGUUACCUGCUAAGGUGGUUGAUCUUCCAUCUAUCAUUGAAUCACUUAAAACACUGGAUGGAAAAACGUUUUAUAAAACAGCCGAUAUUUGUCAAAUGAUGAUUUGUAAAGAGGAGAUGGAAGAGGAAAGGCCAGAGGGAGAAGAGUCAAAGAAAAAGGAUGGAAAAGAUAAAAAGUUUCUCUAUCCACAUGGAGUUACACCUCCAUUGAAAAAUGUGAGGAAAAAAAGGUUUCGUAAAACAUUGAAGAAAAAGUUUUUCGAUGUUCCCGAGAUUGAGAAAGAGGUGAAAAGACUUUUUCGUACGGACUCAGAGGCGAUUCAUGUGAGAUAUGAGGUGGAAACAAAAGAUGAGAAAAGUAAAGAGGCCGGUAAACAAGGUGUUCAAGCUGCUGGACCUUCGGGUCUUACAUCCAACAAUUCGCAAAGUAUGGAUAUUGUGGAACACGAUCUGUUUGGUGAAGUGUUGAGUAGUUCAGAUGAAGAAGAUACAAGAGCCCAAGAUACCGAUGAAGGAAGUCGACUCUCAUCUCCUCCAAUUCGUGAAGCAAGUAGUUCGCAGAAAGAAACACCCACGGUUACAGAGAAUAAAUAUGUCACCGAAUUUACUCCUGGAAUGUUGACAGAACAAGAAAAUCGUACGAGUGGAAAUUUGUCAUUCGAUAUAACCAGUGAGUCCUCGAGUGCUGCCGCUGCCGCUGCUGUUGCUGCUCUGGAAGAAGCAAACGAAAUGGGAGAUGUUGAUAAUACCUCUGCUAAUGGUGAUUUAGUUAAUCGUUUGAAUGAAUUACAAAGUGAAAUAGCCACGAUCAGGGAGAAGAGACAAAUUCAAGAAGCUGAAAUCGCAGGUAUUGACAAUGCUGCUUUAGUUUCCCGAUUCAUGGUGAUAAUUGAUGAAUUCAAGAGACAAGAAUUUGAUAAAAGGCGACAAUAUGAGGAGAUUCUUAAAAUUUUAGACCAACAAUUAUAAAAAAGAAUCAAGUUACACUCAACCUUGUGAUUGGGAACAAUUUAAAUUUAUUAUUAUUCUCAAAGAAAAUGUAUAAAUGAACCAUUGCUGAUACCGAAAAGAAACAAUUUACAAAUGUAUAUAAAAAUUAUGUUUUCCCCAAAUUAAUAUAUUUAUAUUCAAUUUCUUAA